CACCCGAGAAGAGGAUCCGUCAAUGGCCGGCGACCGGAAGCGGCCGUACCGCAAUUUCCGCCGCGCCCGCUCCCGUUCGCCGCCGCCGAGCGCGCCCUUCCUCGACAGCAAGCGCCGCGCCUCUCUGAAUCCGAGGUCGAAAUCGAUAUCGAAAUCCCCCCGUACCCGCGUCCCUACCACCACGCCCGCCCCAUCGCCGCCGCCGCCGCCGCCGCCGCCGCCCCCGCCGUCGCCCCGAAACAAGAACUGGGCAGGCGGCCGAAUUUCAAUUCGUACCUCGACGCCCCCAAUUUGCCGCCCAAGAUCAGGGUCCUGUGCGAAAUCGUCGCCCGGACCCCCGCCCACGCCGUCGAGGAGGUCCUCGGGGAUGCCGGCAUCGGGGUCGGGCAGGAAGACGUCGAGGACGUGCUCAAGCUGUCCUACGCCUUCCCGGGCGCCGCCGUCAAGUUCUUCCGAUGGGCCGGGCACCAGCUCAAGGACGACCACAGCCCGUACGCUUGGAACUUGGUGGUGGACAUGCUGGGCAAGAACGCCCUGUUCGAUGCGAUGUGGGACGCCGUGAAGUCGAUGCAGAAGAAGGGGCUGCUCUCGCUCGCCAGCUUCGCCUCGGUUUUCAGUAGCUACGUGAUUGCCGGGAGCUUGCCGGAAGCUAUCAUGACUUUUGAAGUGAUGGACCAAUACGGCAUGCCGCCUGACGUCGUGGCAUUGAAUUCGCUGAUCAGCGCCAUAUGUAGGGACGGUAAGACCGUGGACGCAGUGGACUUCUUACAGGUCGUGAAGGAGAGGAUUAGGCCGGACGCCGAUACGUAUGCGAUAUUGUUGGAGGGUUGGGAGAAUGAAGGGAAUGUGACUGGUGCUAGGCGGACUUUCGCCGAGAUGGUGACAGAAAUCGGUUGGGACCCGGCCAAUCUGCCUGCCUAUAGCUCGUUUUUGUGUACUUUGCUAAAGGGUCCUAGUGGCAUGUCUGAAGCGUUGAAAUAUUUCGGGACGAUGAGCGAUCACCAGUGUUAUCCAGGUAUGAAGUUCUUUCAGGAUGCAUUGGAGGAGUGUAUAAAGUGUGCUGAUUCUAAAGGAGCCAGCUUUCUAUGGGAAGCUAUGGUAGGAAGAGUUGGGUGUAGACCAGAUACAGAAAUGUAUAAUUCAAUGAUAGCUUUACAUUGUGACACCGACCACAUCGAUGUAGCCGAGAGACUGUUGGAUGAAAUGGUCUACAAUGGGGCAUUUCCAGACGAUAGAACUUACAAUAUUUUGCUUCAGUUCUUGAUCAUAUACAGGAAACUAAAGGAGGCCUCGAUAGUGUUUACAGAGAUGGUGAAAAAUGAAUGCUUGCCAAGCCUGGCCAAUUGUAAUGCAGCUGCCAGGAUAUUUAUAGAUAUAGGAGACCAUCACUCAGCUAUGAAGGUCUGGAAAUGGAUGGUCGAGCACUACAGGUCCGAUUUGGAUGAGACUGGAAAUAUUUUGAUUGUGGGGCUUCUUAAUCUCAAUAGGCUCCCUGAAGCAGUCAAAUAUGCCGAGGAUAUUAUUGAAAGAGGAAUUAAAUUGUCCUCUUCCACAUUGUCGAAAUUGAAACAGAGCCUUUCCAAGGCUGGAAAGUUACAUGUGUAUGAUGAACUUUUGAGGAAGUGGAGAAGUCCUCUUGUAGCUUAAAAUUCAUGCAAGCCUUCAUUUUUAGAGGUGGCAUUUUCAGACUGGCCAUAUUUUGUUUCUAGUCAACUAUAUAUUCUGUGCCUCCAAUUCUUCCGUCCUCUCUAAGAAUGAUCUGUAAAUCUCUAAACCUUCUUAUUUGCAUGAACUACAUUCUCCUUGGUUGUGUGGACAAUGUUAAUCUGGAUAUAUGUGUCAACCGAAAACCGUGCUUUUUGAGUAGUA